CAGGUAGGAUGUCGUGAAGUGGUGGCUUGUGUCUUGAGUUGGCGCUGCGUCUGGAGCUAAUGGAAGCUGCUGAUCCAUCAUGAGUUGUCAUGAUGUGGGUGGACGCCGUCGUUUCGAGGACUCGGAGUUCACCUUACGAGUGUAUCCCGGAUCUCUGUCUGAGAGCACCAUUUACUGUCCGGUCAGCGCUCGCAAGGUCACAACCGCCGCCGAGGUGAUCGAACGGGUCAUCGAGCGGCUGCAGCUCGACCGCACACGGCUCUACGUGCUUGCAGAGGUCAAGGAGUUUGGUGGUGAGGAGUGGAUCCUGAACCCGAGCGACUGUCCUGCGCAGCGCAUGAUGCUGUGGCCACGGAUGGCUCUGGAGAACCGGCUGCUGGGUGAGGAUUACCGCUUCCUCCUGCGAGAGAAGAACCUGGACGGCUCCAUCCACUAUGGCAGCCUGCAGAUGUGGCUGCGCGUGACGGAGGAGCGGCGGCGGAUGGUGGAGCGCGGUCUCCUGCCUCAGCCACCCGCUGCUCAGUUCGUGGCGGAUCUGUGCUCGCUGCCUGACCUGAACGAACACACGAUGCUGGAAAACCUGCGUGGUCGCUUCCGGCAGGAGAACAUCUACACAUACGUUGGCUCCAUCCUGAUCGCCGUCAACCCUUUUAAAUUCCUGCCCAUUUAUAAUCCCAAAUAUGUCAAGAUGUAUGAUAAGCACCGGCUCGGGCAGCUGGAGCCGCACAUCUUCGCAGUGGCGGACGCAGCGUAUCACGCUAUGCUGCAGCGGCACAGGAAUCAGUGCAUAGUGAUCUCUGGAGAAAGUGGAUCGGGGAAAACACAGAGCACAAACUUCCUCAUCCACCACCUCACGGCGCUCAGCCAGAAGGGAUUCGCUAGCGGCGUCGAGCAGAUCAUCCUUGGGGCCGGACCCGUGCUAGAGGCUUUUGGAAACGCUAAAACAGCCCAUAAUAACAACUCCAGCCGCUUCGGCAAGUUCAUCCAAGUCAACUACCAGGAGAGCGGCACCGUCAGAGGAGCGUAUGUGGAGAAGUAUCUGCUGGAGAAAUCUCGACUGGUUUAUCAAGAGCACAACGAGAGGAAUUAUCAUGUGUUUUAUUACCUGCUGGCCGGAGCGAGUGAAGACGAGAGGACAUUUCAUCUGCUCAGACCAGAGGAGUAUCAUUACCUCAAUCAGAUCACAAAGUCUGUCCACAAGCAGCACUGGGGGAAUCACUGUGACACUGAGCUGGACUGUUUCUCAGUGGAGGCUGAGGAUCUGAAGCAUGAUUUCGAGCGUCUCCAGCUGGCCAUGGAGAUGGUGGGGUUUCUGCCCACCACAAGGAAACAGAUCUUUUCGUUACUGUCUGCGAUUCUUCACCUGGGAAAUAUCCGCUAUAAGAAGAAAACGUUUCGUGAUGACUCCAUCGAUAUCUGUAAUCCAGAGGUGCUUCCCAUCGUCUCUGAACUGCUGGAGGUGAAGGAGGAGAUGCUUUUUGAGGCUUUGACAACACGCAAAACAGUGACUGUGGGAGAGAGACUGAUCGUGCCGUACAAACUAGCAGAGAUCCUGUCCAUUGGUGUGCUGGACAUCUUCGGUUUCGAGGACUACGAGAACAACAGUUUCGAGCAGUUCUGCAUCAACUUCGCCAAUGAGACGCUGCAGCAUUACUUUAACCAGCACGUCUUUAAACUGGAGCAGGAGGAGUAUCGAUCUGAGGGCAUCAACUGGCACAUGAUCGAUUAUAUUGAUAAUACGGCCUGCAUCAACCUCAUCAGUAAGAAGCCCACAGCACUGCUCCACCUGCUGGACGAGGAGUGCAAUUUUCCGCAGGCGUCCAAUCAGACUCUGCUGGACAAGUUUAAGCGGCAGCACGAAGGAAACGCUUAUAUGGAGUUUCCAGCCGUCAUGGAGCCGGCGUUCAUCAUCCGCCAUUACGCCGGCAAAGUCAAAUACAGCGUCAAGGAUUUCCGGGAGAAGAACACGGAUCACCUGCGUCCGGACAUUGUGUCUUUGUUGAAGAGCAGCAGAAAGGCCUUCAUCUGUGGGCUGAUGGGUCUGGAUCCUGUCGCCAGCUUCAGAUGGGCCGUGAUUCGGGCCUUUUUCAGGGCGCUCGUGGCUUUUAGACAUGCCGGACUCCAGCACAGAGACAACCGGAGCAGCGGCUCUGAUGUUCAUCUUCAGCCUCAGAAAAGUGUGGACAGUUUCAGUUUUCUGCAUCACCCCGUUCACCAGCGGAGCCUUGAGAUCCUGCAGCGCUGCAAAGACGACAGAUACAACUCGUGUGUGAGCAGAAGGAGCCCUCGAACGCCACUUUCAGACCUGCAGGGGGCAAACACUUUCAGCAGUAAUGGUCGUGGCUGGAGGUCUGAGCGCGUCUCCUCGUUCGCUCAUGAAGACGAGGGAAUCUUCGUCAACUCCGUCAACAACCGUCUGCUGGAGCGAGCGCAGGGAAUCCUCAUGAGAAACAAGAACUACAAGCCCAAACCCAGCCUCCCUAAGCACUUGCUGGAUGUGAAGUCUCUGAAGUAUCUGAGCAGUCUGACGCUCCACGACCGCAUCACUAAAUCACUGCUGCAUCUGCACAAGAAGAAGAAACCGCCCAGCAUCAGCGCACAGUUCAACGUUUCUCUGAAUAAGCUGAUGGAGACGCUGGGGCAGUCGGAGCCGUACUUCGUCAAGUGCAUCCGCUCUAAUGCAGAGAAGCUUCCUCUGCGCUUCAAUGAUGCGCUGGUGCUGCGACAGCUCAGGUACACCGGCAUGUUGGAGACCGUCAGGAUACGACAGUCUGGAUACAGCGUCAAGUACAGCUUUAAGGAUUUUGCUCAUCAUUUCCACGUUCUGCUGCCGGCUGGAUUCAGUGCCAGUCAGAUGGGCAUCCGAGAGUUCCUGCGCAGUGCAGACUUGGAGCCCAGCGGCUAUCAAGUGGGCCGCAGUAUGGUGUUCCUGCAUGAGCGGCUCCGGCAGCGGCUGCAGGACGAGCUCCAUCAGGAGGUGCUCAGGAGGAUCGUCUGCCUGCAGAGAAGCUUCCGGACGCAGAGGGACAGAAAGCACUUCUGCAGGCAGAGACGAGCCGCGCGCCUCAUACAGCGCUGGUGGCGUAGCUGUAUAUCUCAGGCUGACGGGUCGGUGUGUGCGCUGGAGCUCCAGCAGGGGGCAGCACUGCGUCUUCAGGCCGUCUGGAGAGGCUUCAGAGCGAGACGUCUGUACCUGCAGCAGAGGAGAGCUGUACUGAUCAUCCAGAGGUGCUGGAGGAGAGUCCUGAACACACGUAACACAGCGGCGACGCUCAUUCAGGCCGUCUGGAGGACACGCACACACCGGCGGAGCUUUCUGCAGCAGCGCCGUGCCGCCGUCACACUACAAGCCGCCUGCAGGGGGCAGCAGAGUCGACAACGGUGCCGAAUUCUGAGAGAGCAACAAUGUAGAGAGCAAAGCAAGCAUCCAAGCACUGUGACCAAGAGUUUACACCAAAACACAGAAGAAGCAGAGAAGCUGGAGGAGGUUUGGGAAAAGCAGACCACCGAUCCUCCUCCAAAAGCUGUAGACGACAGCACUCUGAAGAGCCGAAACAAAAGAGAAAGCAGGAGGCAACGAGAACUCGAACAAGCCACGUUCAGUUUAGAGCUGCUCAAAGUCCGAUCCGGAUCAAACACAGAAGACGCUCAGAUCCCUCCGUCCAAACAUCAUCCUCCUCAUCAAGCCUCCACUGAUAGCCAAGAAAGCUUUGAGCUCCUUGAAAACGAGGAUUCAGCCUCAGCAAAACUUGAACUUUCCAAAUCCGAACCAAUGGAGGUCAACCAAACAAGUCCGGCUGCAUCCUUCAAACCCCAUUUCUACAUCCCUGAUGAAGACGGGAGUCCGAUUAAUAGUGCGCCACAAACGCCAAACCGUGCCAAGCAGAUCCGAGAGAAGAAGGAGUCUGUGGUGGUCAUCAUCAGCAUGCAGAAGGAAAACCCUGUUGACCGGAGCAGUCUGCAAACACUAGAAGCUCAGGACGUCCCGCUCUCCAAUGGAGAAUCUGCUUCGGAUUGUUCAAUCAUUCCUGAACCUCGAACCAAUCAUGAGCUGGACACUGGUUCUUCAUUUUCGGUUUCCUCCAAACCCCUCCAGCUGGACUUGAGGAGUGCGGCGUCAAACGAAGAGCCUUCAGAGCCCAAAGCUGAUGUUCAGAAGAAGUUUGUUUCUCAGAGUAUCAGCAUAAGCAUGAAGGAGACAGCAGCGAAUGUGGCCUUCCCCCCCAAACGCAGCCGACUCACCUUCUCCAAGUCGGAUAAAGACCUGGUGAAUCAGGAACGGUCAUUGGCGAUCCAAAGAGAAGCAGGAUUCAGAUCAUUGAAGAACAGAGAUGUGACCAGAGCUGGUUGUAAAAAGAAAGCUCGUAUGGCCAGGACGCGCUCCGAUUUCCUCAGCCGAGCCUGCAGCACAGAGGCUGAUUGUGAGGAAGAUGAGGAUGAUGAAUAUGAGGACACACCUGUGCUCUCUUGCACCCGGCCCCCACACUCCCCCAGUUCCCCUGACAUCGACUGCGUCUUCCACAGCGACUCCGAGAUGUCGUCUCAGAAGGAGCAGAAGAGGAUCCAGAAGACCAUGUCCUCAGGGGAUCUUGGGAAAAUGGAUUCGCUCAGGAAGUCCAUGUCUCAGACAGACAGCAGGGUGAGAGGCAAAAUGCGCUUCUGGAGUAAGAGCAAACAUGGAGAUAAAAAGAUAUCCAGCAGGGGGCGCUCCGCAGACUCAGAGCUCACCGACAGGAGAAAUGACUCUCCUCCAGGAAGCCCAGAGCAUGCAGGUGUGUCUGAGCGCAGGCGCGACAGCAAGGAGAACCGCGAGCCGAUGCUGGGCAUGAUGUCGAUGAAGAGGCGGCGCAGUCUAAAGAUCAGCAGCGUUUCCCUCGAGUCCACCGCCUGGCAGAACGACGCUCUGCACAUCCUCACCAGCACCGCAGACUACCGCAGCAUGAACGACUUCCUCAUGAAGAAGAUCAGUGAUCUGGAUGCUGAAGAUGGACAGAAAGACACUGCUGUGGACGUGGUGUUCAAGAAAGCCCUGAAGGAGUUUCGCCUCAAUAUCUUCAACUCAUACUCUACUGCUCUGGCUAUGGAUGACGGCAGGAGCAUUCGCUAUAAAGAUCUCUACGCUCUGUUCGAGCACAUUCUGGAGAAGAGCAUGCGUCUGGAGCAGAGAGACUGGAGCGAGUCUCCUGUUAAAGUCUGGGUCAACACGUUCAAAGUCUUUCUGGAUGAGUUCAUGACCGAAUACAAGCCAAUGGACGGAACCAUCAGUAAGGCUCCUAAACCUGAGAGAAAGAAGAGGAGGAAGAAGGAAUCAGACACAGUGGAAGAGCACAUGGGCCACAUCUUUAAAUCCACGCAGUACAGCAUCCCGACCUACUGCGAGUUCUGUUCAUCUCUCAUCUGGAUGAUGGACAAAGCCUGCGUCUGCAAACUGUGUCGCUAUGCGUGCCACAAGAAGUGCUGUCUGAGGAUGACCACCAAAUGCAGCAAGAAGUUUGACCCAGAGCUGUCUUCACGGCAGUUCGGUGUAGAGUUGUCUCGUCUGACGAGUGAUGAGCGAAGCGUCCCGCUGGUGGUGGAGAAGCUGAUCAACUACAUCGAGAUGCACGGCCUCUACACCGAGGGCAUCUACAGGAAGUCUGGAUCCACCAAUAAGAUCAAAGAGCUGAAGCAGGGGCUGGACACGGAUGCGAACAGUGUGAAUUUAGAUGACUACAACAUCCAUGUGAUCGCCAGUGUGCUGAAGCAGUGGCUGCGUGACCUUCCCAACCCGCUCAUGACCUUUGAACUGUACGAGGAGUUCCUCAGGGCUAUGGGUCUGCAGGAUAAGCGUGAGGUGGUUCAGGGGGUUUAUUCCAUCAUCGAUCAGCUCAGCAGGACUCAUCUGAAUACACUGGAGAGACUCAUAUUCCACCUGGUCCGGAUCUCUUUCCAGGAGGAGACGAACCGCAUGUCUGCGAACGCGCUGGCCAUCGUGUUUGCACCCUGUAUACUGCGCUGUCCUGACACCACCGACCCGUUACAGAGUGUCCGGGACAUCAGCAAGACCACAGCGUGUGUGGAGCUUAUCAUCUGUGAGCAGAUGAGGAAAUAUAAAGCCCGACUGAAGGACAUCAACACACUGGAGUUUGCAGAAAACAAAGCCAAGAGUCGCCUGACGCACAUCCGCCGCUCCAUGAAACCGGUACUAAUCGCGGUUAGGUUUAUUGGCAUUUCCAGAACGGUGACGUCGCCAAACGCAGCUAAAAAGGGUAAGAGUCGUGCUCGUAAAUCUGGCCAUCACACGCCGUCUCCACCUUUAAGUCCUCGGGCGUCUGAGAGGGAGGAGCCUGUUGAUGAGGGGGCGGAGCCUGUGCUGAGCGAGCAGCAGCAGGCAGCAAUGCAGCAGGAGGAGAAAGUGUUGACGCAGCAGAUAGAAAACCUGCAGAAGGAGAAGGAAGAGCUGACCUAUGAGAUGCUGGCUUUGGAGCCGCGAGCGUCUGAUGAUGAGAUGCUGGAGUCGGAGGCGUCAAUCGGGACGGCGGACAGCUCAGAAAACCUGAUGGAGUCGGAGGGAGCCGCUUCUGAUCCGUGGGAAAAAAGCCCCGGCGCAGUGUCUGCAUCUCGCUGGAGGAAGUCGGAGUCUAAAAGCAGGCGAUGUUUGCGGCGUCAGCCUGAAUCUCUGGACUCUGUGGAUUCAGCCGUCGCUUCACUUUCCUCAGUGUCGUCGACGCCUCAUUAUCGGUUUCGCUCAUCUUCUUCCGGUCCUCUGUUCUCCUCCAGCUCCCCAACUGGAGACCUGCACAUUCUCCCCGACCCGGAGAGCUGCGAACAGGCUUCCCUGAGCGCCCGCUGUGCCUCCAGCUCCGAAAAAACCCGACCGCGGCCCCGAGCCAACCGGAGCUGCCCGCCGAAGCCCCGCGAGCCGGGAGACACUGGCGGACGCAGGAGAGAGCACGAGUUUGGUUCCUCACAGCCUUUAGUGCUGUAUGGCAGCAAUGAGUUCAUGGUGUGAGGAAGAUGAUGAUGAUGAUGAUGAAUCACAGUGGGAAAUUAUUCUGCAUUGAUACUGAGAUUUCAUGAAUGUAUUGCGAUUCUCUCUGGAAUGGAUUCGGAGCUUAGUUUUGAACAGCAGAUGGCGCUUCAGGCUAGUUUUGAACAGCAGGUGGCGCUCUAGGCUAGUUCUGAACAGCAGAUGG